GGGCAGAAUAAAAGUUUGGCGGCGGCGGCGCCCAAUGGCAACAGCAGCAGCAACUCCUGGGAGGAGGGCAGCUCGGGCUCGUCGAGCGACGAGGAGCACGGUGGCGGCGGCAUGAGGGUCGGCCCCCAGUACCAGGCGGCGGUGCCCGACUUCGACCCCGCUAAGCUGGCAAGGCGCAGUCAGGAGAGAGAGAAUCUUGGCAUGCUGGUGUGGUCUCCUAACCAGAACCUCUCGGAGGCAAAACUGGACGAAUACAUUGCCAUUGCUAAGGAGAAGCAUGGGUACAACAUGGAGCAGGCUCUUGGGAUGCUGUUUUGGCAUAAGCAUAAUAUUGAAAAAUCAUUGGCUGAUUUACCCAACUUCACCCCCUUCCCUGAUGAGUGGACAGUGGAGGAUAAAGUCUUGUUUGAGCAAGCCUUUAGUUUUCAUGGAAAAACUUUUCAUAGAAUCCAACAAAUGCUUCCUGACAAAUCUAUCGCCAGCCUAGUGAAGUUUUACUACUCCUGGAAGAAGACCAGGACCAAGACCAGUGUGAUGGACCGGCAUGCCCGGAAGCAGAAGCGUGAGCGUGAGGAGAGUGAGGAUGAACUGGAAGAAACAAAUGGAAAUAACCCCAUUGACAUUGAGGUUGAUCAAAACAAGGAAAGCAAAAAGGAGGUGCCCCCAACUGAGACAGUUCCUCAGGUCAAAAAAGAAAAACAUAGCACACAAGCUAAAAACCGAGCGAAAAGGAAACCUCCCAAAGGAAUGUUCCUCUCUCAGGAAGAUGUGGAGGCUGUUUCCGCUAAUGCCACAGCUGCAACCACGGUGCUGAGACAGCUUGACAUGGAAUUGGUCUCCAUCAAGCGGCAGAUUCAGAAUAUUAAACAGACAAAUAGUGCUCUGAAAGAGAAACUUGAUGGUGGAAUAGAACCAUACCGGCUUCCAGAGGUCAUUCAGAAAUUUAACGCCCGCUGGACCACAGAAGAGCAGCUCCUCGCCGUACAAGCCAUCAGGAAGUAUGGCCGUGACUUCCAGGCCAUCUCGGACGUGAUUGGGAACAAAUCAGUGGUGCAAGUGAAAAACUUUUUUGUCAACUACCGACGCCGUUUCAACAUCGAUGAAGUUUUACAGGAGUGGGAGGCUGAGCAUGGCAGAGAUGAGACCAACGGGCCCAGCGACCCGAAACCCGUCAGGUCCCCAGACAGUGCUGUCAAGGUGCCUGCGGAGGAGGACGAGGCUGCUUCCGUUCUCGACGUCAGAUGUGCAUCUGCCUCAUGAGUCCCUCUGGCCCUUCAGACACUGGGUGUGACUACUGCAUCGUCAGGACAUCAGGUAUUACCGGACAUCCCUAGCCGUCUGCAUCACAUCUCUCUGGACAAGCAGCUACUACCAAAAAGGCGUCUGAUUCAGUCCUGGGCUACACCUGCCUUAAUAUCUCGCUCGUUCCUCCACACCGGAGCGCGCCGCACCGCCCGCGCUCUUGGCCUCUUGGGGCUCCCUGGUGCCCCAUCCUGGCCCCCAUGGCAGCUCCUUCCUGGCAACAGCUUUGGAACAGGUCCACCUACUGCCUAGAGACCCGCUCUGUUCCUGCAUGGCCUGCAAUUUCUACUUUGAGCAUAAUGUCGUCUUCAGAGCAAACUGACCCCCAGGUGGCCUUCUGGAAAGUUUGCCGUGCUCUUUCUUAAACUUCCCACCUAAGUGAGAUCACGUGGCUUUGGAGCGCACGAUGCCCUGGCCGGCUGCACCGUGACCUUGACCGUGGCCAUACCAAGCAACCCAACAAGACACACGCUGCCCUAACCUCAGACACAAUUAUGGCUUAUUGGUUUCAUUGGCGUACAUCUCUCCCUUCUCCUGCCCCAGUAGAAAGCUUAGUCAGGGCAGCUGUCUUGGGACACAGAGCCUCAGCUUUCUGCCUUCCCGUGUCACAUUGUUACCCCAGUUGGGCACCCCCACCCCUUCCAGACCCCACCCAACCCCCACCUCCAGGAGCUUUGGUCCCAACUGCCGUACUGGUGCUUGUUCACCUGGAAUUGGUGCCUUCUCCUUUGGCAGCCAGACUUCCAGCCUUCCUCCUGUGGUAGUGUCUUAUCUCUCCUCUAAAGCUUAUCCUUGCCAAAGAUGACGUCACUGGGACUGGGACCGGGACCCAGGAGAGCUUGCUGCAGACACGGCAAGCAGGUGGAAGCGGCAGCUCAGCUCAGUGGGUGGGGGUGGGGGGGUUGCGGCAAGGGCCCAUGGGUGUGGCUCCCAAGAAGCUACACACUGUUGAGGUUCUUGGAAGCCUGGCCUUUGGCACACUGCGUCGUGUAGCCUUCUGUGCCCUCCACACACUGACAUUACAAUCACACACACACACCAUUCCCUCCUUUUCCAAGUUGUAGCCGUUUGUCUGCUAAGUAGGAUGUGAUGUCUUUGGUUGGACAAGAAAUGUUUCUAGUAACCAUCGGGAAGUUUCAAGACUUGUUUGGGUGUCUGCCAGCUUGUGGCCUAGUGAGGGCUGAGUGAGGAGCCAGGCAGGCAGCCCUCCUUGUGUGUUGCAGGAGGAGGGGCCUUUUCCCUUGCUUUUUCUGUUACAUCAUUUAGCUCAAAAUCGUUUCUGCUUUUAAUACCAAAAAGAGAAAAUGCAGAUGCUUUAAGGCAUAAACCGAAUUCUGAGGAAUUUAAAAAUAUGCAAUUAAAAUUUGAUGUGUUUUGAGUUCCAAGCACCUUGCUUUUGUUUUUUUAAAUAAGUCAGCUGAUAAGUCUCUUUAGAAAGAGAGCCGGCUAGAAACCUAGGUGGUUUGGAGUUGUACACCCCACCCCCCACCCCCUUAAAAAAUAAAGCUGGAGAAAGGUCUCGCAGCCUCGGGAUCAGGACAGCCCCAGCCUGCCCUCCACCCCCCAGGCCCGGCACAGAGUAACACUAGCAGUGAGGCGGCCGCCCAGUUCCCCUCACUCACUACAGCACCACGGCGUCCUGCUGCUGCUGGUGCAUUAGGACCAAUGCAGCCAGUGGUGGCUUUCUCUGCCAGGGGAACGAGGAGUCCCCUGAUCAGUUGGCAGCCUGAGAGAGAGCAUGGUGAUCCGGGCCUGUUGCCUUUGUUGUGGUUUCUGGCGUGAGAUAGAUAGCACUGUGUGUUCCCGGCCCUGUCUCUGCUAUGAUGUUGUCUGUGUGAGAAACCGCCUCGCUUUCAAAGUGAAGUGGUUUGGUCUUCAUUCUGUGAAGACCCUUUUCCACAUAUCAAGACUGAGGGGCGUCAGCAGGUGGCGCUGGGCAAGUGUGAGGGUCCCUGGUGAUAACUAAGUAGCGUGGAAAGCUCGCUUACACUUUUUGUCUUCUUAAAAAUUUAUCAAUGUGAAUGUCAUAGUUAUAUAUAUUUUUGUGGGAAAUUUCUCCGAAGUAUAAGUUAUUGUGCAAAAUAGAGUAUCCUUGACACAAAUGAUAGUUUAAUUUUUAGUUUAGAGAACCUAAAAGAGAGAAAUUGUAUGGCAUAUGCAUUAAAAGUUUGUUUUAUUUAAUUUUAUGUAGAUGUGUAAAAGUUGUUAGGUAAACCUUUUUUUUUUUCCUUUUUCCCCUCCACUUACCAUUUAAAACACCUUGUUACUUGAAUAUUGUGUUAACUGGUCUGAAGCAGUGAUCAAUUUUUGUCCUGUAGCUCUUGGGCUGCAGGGGGCAGCCCACACUGGCAGCCAAGAGGUGGGCAGGGGCUGGGCAUGUACCCGCUGCCCAGCACGGCCUGGUGGUCCUGCCAAGGCUCCCGCUCCUCCAAGUGGGUUUGCUGAAUUCUUUCCACCUGUUGGGUCUCUGGCUGGCCACACAGCUCUCAUCAGAAGCGAAACAGCAGGGAGUGGGAAGAGCUGCCCAGGGUGGCUGAGUGAUGCAGACAUUUUCUGUGUGCAUACAGUUUCCUCAGAUACUUCACCCCACUCUGAGUGUGCUCACUGUCACUUUAAAUUGCAACUGCGCCCUAUUUUUGUCUUUCUAAAGAUCAGAUGUACUGUUGGUAUAACCGAGUACCAAAAAUAAAGCCAAACAGUGCAUUACACUAACUGGAGCCCUGCCUCUCUGAGCACGGGAAAGGAAGGCAGGGCCGCGUCCGGGGAGCCCUGGUGCGCCUCCUGCCCUGUCCAGCCUGCCCCAGAAUAACUUGUGACCCAGGACUCGAGGGGGCUCAGGGCAAGGAGCUCAUCGGAUAUGGUGGCCUCAGGCAGGCGGUGCAAGGAAACAAGCCCCAGGUGCCCCUCCCCGGGCCUCUGCGGUGUGAAGCACAAGGGCAGCAAGGUCCUGGCUCCGAAGACGGUCAGCACAGUCUAUGCAUGUCGCGCCCUGCGCCUGUGUGCAGCUCCCACCUCCCACCGGACCUGGGCCGAGCUGGCCGCCCUCACCCACGCUGCAGACGUCGCACCUUGGCCAAGUGCUUUGUAGAUUGCUUAACCUCCCCCACCCCACCCCCCAAGACUUUGAAAGCUGUCUAAGGUGAAGUUUGCAGAUGGGAUGGAAGUGCUGUCUUACCUUUGAAGUUAAGACACUCCCUGUUGGAAACGUUGAAGACUUGACCUUGUACUAAUGCUGUUGGCGGGACUGUUUGAAUGUCUCUCUGCCUGUCCUGUCUCAGCACAGUCUUUGUGGGGAAAUGUUGAUAGCAUUAUAACUGCUUAGCCACUGAUGAGAAACCUUGGUUAGUGGAAACGGGAAAAUUUAUUUGUGAAACUCUGCAGAAUUCAUUUUUCUAUUUCCAAUCUUUGCUGAAGUUCAAUAAAACUUUUCAAGCCAUUGAUGUAAUAAAAUCUG